GCUUCAGCUUCCUCCCACUCAGUGGCAAAGUCUGGCAUCAAACAAGUUCGCAGACCUCCAGGAUGUUAUUCUCCCCCCUCCCGACCACGAUCGCUUGUACGCCCAGGCCUGUAGAGCAGAAGCGAAGAUACCAUUGCACUGAGCGCUUUUCCUAUGUUGCGUUGGAGUGGAUAAAGUGGGCCACGAAAAAUGGUCAAUAGGCCAUCCAAUGACUACGUUUGCGACCGAGGGCUGCAGGCCUGUGGGUGUCGAAAACCAACUGUAUUAUGAAUGCUCCCUCAGCAGUUUCAACACCAAAGCCACCAAAUCCUGUAUUCAAGUCAUUAAGUCCUGCAUCAUAUUUUUCUCAGGCAUUGCAGGUAUCACUCCCCACCCAAGCCCUUGACGUUCGGGUAUAUUACACUCCCCCAAAGUACGACGGAGGGGGUGUCAUCGUAUUCCACCACGACGCAGGAUACGCAGGUACAAGUUUCGCAUGUCUCGCGAAAGAGAUUAGUGAGGUCAUGAGGGAUAGCGUCGGUGUUCUGGCAUUUGAUGCGAGAAGACAUGGAAAGACGACAUCAUCUGAGUCUGAUGAAGACCUAUCAAUUAAUGUCCUCGUGGAGGAUUUCUGUGCUCUGCUGCAAACAAUUUACCCAGAUGCGGCAGCAGCUCCACCGUUAAUGCUUGUUGGACACAGCAUGGGAGGAUCUGUAUGCGUUCGCGCGUGUCCCAUACUUCAGCAACGCAAAUAUAAUAUCGCGGGAGUGGCUGUUCUGGAUGUAGUAGAAGGCACAGCAGUGGAAGCGCUGCCUCACAUGCACGCAAUUCUCAACUCUCGACCCGAGGGUUUCGAUAGCGUUGAGGAAGCAGUCGAGUGGCACGUCAAUACGGGCCUCAUCCAUAACCCCACUUCUGCCCGUGUUUCAAUUCCAUCUAUCGUUGUUCCCGCCGAUUCCCCUCUGACGCCCAGCACACGCGCAAAUAUUGGGUUCAAAUACAAGUGGCGUACGCCGCUUCGGUCAAUGGCACCAUACUGGGACAGCUGGUUCCCGUCGCUUUCGUCUUUAUUCCUCGGCCUCCGCUCCGCACGGCUCUUAGUAUUAGCAGGCGCAGAGCGCCUUGACACGACACUUAUGGUUGGCCAGAUGCAGGGCAAAUUCUGGCUUGAAGUCAUGGCUGGUUCGGGUGUGGGACAUCUCGUACACGAGGAUUAUCCGACGAAACUAGCAGAAAUUCCGGCAGAUUUUUGGAAGCGCAAUGAACGCGUUGUGGUUCGAGGGAACAUUAUCAAGAGGGUCGGGGAGGCUUAGAGUACAAGUAGUUAGAUAUGUCUUUGGCUGUUUGCCUUUUUUAUAGUUCGUUUGUUGCGUGCGACAACCUGAAUUACGGUCUCGGUCCAAGACAUGGUGCACACAUAUGAAGUGUGAUCACU